AUAAAGGCUAACAUGACUGUUGUUAAUGUAGCGUUUUCUUUGGGUUUGGGGGUAAUGUCAUCUAGCUAACGCUCCUAACGUGUGCUUGCUGUGACAGACAUAUUUUAAAGCCACCUUAUUUUGGAAGAGCGCUCUAAUAAAUUAAAAGUAAGGAGCUAAUCUACGUGAAUCAGCAGGGAAUCCUCGUGUGUUGUGUGGCGAAUUUCCACAGUGCCGAAAAAGGCCUUAAGGAAUCAAUAAAGCUCUUUGAUUUUGUUUUCGCCGCAAAGUGACUGCAGGCAGUUUAGAUGUCCAUCCCACGGAGAUGGCCCUUGUGGUCCACUAUGAGGUGGAAGCAUCUAUACUGGGAGAGGAUGGAGGUCAUCUGCUGGGGGAACGCAAGGAGGGGCAGAAGAUUGUCCGUGUGAAAAGUCUUUCUCCUAGUACAGAUAUAGGAGCUUUGGCCAAGAAAUUGUUGGAGGAGUGUAAGCUCAUCCCUCCUUCCCAUUUGCCCCAGGUGGAGCAGCUCCUCUACUACCUGCAGAACAGGAAAUCAUUCCCAGCUGAGGGCAAAGUAGUGGAGAAGAAGGAGAAAAGACCUGUGAAACCGAGAGAGCUGACACCAUUUGAAGGAAUGGAGGUGAAUGAGGAAGCAAGUAUAACCAAAGUGGAUGAGUAUGUUGAGCUGCUUUAUGAAGGCAUCCCAGAGAAGAUCAGAGGUUCUGCUCUCAUUCUGCAGCUGGCUCGCAACCCUGACAAUCUAGUGGAGCUGCUGAAAAGUGAGGCAGCUCUAGGAGCUCUGGCCAGAGUGCUGAGGGAGGACUGGAAACAGAGUGUAGAGCUGGCUACCAUCAUCAUUUACAUCUUCUUCUGCUUCUCUAGCUUCUCCCAGUUUCAUGGAGUGGUGAGCCAUUAUAAAAUAGGUGCGUUGUGUAUGAGUGUGGUGGAACAUGAGCUGAAGAGGUACGAUGUGUGGCGUGAGGAGCUGCACAAGAAAUCCAAAGCCUAUGAAUCAGCACCAGAGAAUGGCUCUUUACGAAGAGACCAAGACAAAGCUCUGAGGAAAUACCAGGGCCUUCUGGCUAAACAGGAACAGCUGCUCAGAGUGUCUCUUUACCUCCUGUUGAACCUUGCUGAGGACACGAGAACAGAGCUGAAGAUGAGGAAUAAAAACAUAGUGGGUCUGUUAGUCAAAGUUCUUGAGCGUGAUCAUGAGGAGCUGCUGGUCCUGGUGGUUUCAUUCCUCAAAAAACUGUCCAUCUUCUUGGAGAACAAGAAUGACAUGGCUGAGCUGGACACUAUAGAACGACUGGCCCGCCUGGUUCCAUGUGACCAUGAAGAUCUGUUAAACCUGACUCUGCGUCUGCUGUUCAACCUCUCCUUUGACUCUGGACUCAGAGCCAAGAUGGUGGAAGUUGGACUCUUACCUAAGCUGAGUGCCUUGUUGGGUGAUGAGAACAACCGUCAGGUAGCCAUGCGUAUCCUGUAUCACAUCAGCAUCGAUGACUGUUUCAAGGGCACGUUUGUGAGCACAGACUGCAUACCUCAGCUUAUGCAAAUGCUGCUUGACUAUGGUGAGGAGGAGACUGAACCUGAGGUCAUCGCCAUCUUCAUCAACCUGGCUAUAAACAUGAGGAAUGCACAACUCAUGUGUGAAGGAAAUGGGCUGAAGAUGCUCAUGAAGAGAGCUCUGAAGAUGAAAGACUGCCUGCUGAUGAAGAUGAUCAGGAACAUCUCACAACAUGAUGGACCAACCAAACCAUUGUUCAUAGACUACGUUGGUGACCUGGCAGCAGAGAUCUGUGCAGAGAAAGAGGAAGAGUGGGUCCUAGAGUGUUUGGGAACACUGGCCAACCUCACUAUCCCUGACCUGGACUGGGAGCUGGUGCUGAAGGAGUACAACCUGGUACCUUACCUCAAAGACAGGCUCAAACCAGGCUCAGCCGAGGAUGACCUCAUCUUAGAGGUGGUGCUAAUGAUUGGAACAGUUUCCAUGGAUGACGCCUGUGCCGCCAUGUUGGCUAAGUCUGGCAUUAUUCCCGCCCUUAUCGAGCUGCUCAAUGCCAAACAGGAGGAUGAUGAGUUUGUGUGUCAGAUUGUCUACGUCUUCUAUCAGAUGGUUUUUCACCAAGCCACACGAGACGUCAUCAUCAAAGACACCCAAGCUCCAGCCUACCUGAUAGAUCUGAUGCACGACAAGAACACAGAAAUUAGAAAAGUGUGUGACAACACCCUUGAUAUUAUUGCUGAGUAUGAUGAGGAGUGGGGGAGGAAGAUUCAGUCAGAGAAGUUUCGAUUCCACAACAACCAGUGGUUGGUGAUGGCCGAGAGUCGCCAGGAUGAUGGAAUAACUCCAGCAGAUGGUUCAGGCAGUCCAGAUUUCUUCAGUGACCCUCUGGCUCAGAAUGGAGACUUUGACAACACAGGAGACAAUAAUGAUUUAUUCGACCAGACCAGCUCAUCACCCGGACGACCAGCCACUGCCUACGGCUUUAGACCUGACGAACAGCCCUUUUACCAGUACUCAUAGACACACACGCACUCCUAGUUCCAACUUCCUAUCCGCAGCCUGCAUGGCCACUCUUAUGUCUUUAGUCUGGUUUUUCAUUGCUAGAAUCCCUUAGUCAUGGCUGAAUUUGAAAGCACCACACUGGUAAGACAAUGGUCAGAAAUGCUGUGGACUGACACCGUAAUACUGCUGUUAAUAAACUAGUUGAAAUGAACUGCAGUUCCAGGCAGUCAUCAUUUAUUAUCCAUUUCAUUAAUUCACCGUCAAGUUGAACAGUUUAGUAGUUAAGUCUUCCUUACGCAUUACAGUUUUCUAAUAUUGAGUGGGACCGCAAAUAAUUUAAAUAUGAAUAUUGUUUACAUGUUUUUGUAUGUAAGUGACUGUUGCCUCUUCAUAUUGACUGAAAAACCAUUCUGUUGUUGAGGAAUUGGAGAUGUGUUAGUUUGACCCUGAUGAACUGUGUCAGUAUACUAAGCCAUAUGAGUUGAAAGUUACACUCAUGUUAUUAACAUGCACUACAAUGUACAUACUUAGUUUUAUCAAUGUUACUUUAAAAUGUUGGUGAUGUUUAUAAUAUAGGGUGUUUUCACAGCAGCAGCGUAGCUCAAACCCGGGUGCAGAGCCAGAUACUGUACCAGGGUUUACUUCCAUUGGCUCCAGAAAGUAUUCAGACCCCUUCACUGUUUUGCACACUUUGUGUUGUGGUUUUAAAUGAACACAAUUGCCAUUUUGCCCACCAGUCUGCACUCAAUAAAACACAGUACCAAAGUGAAGAGGUUUAUAGAAAUGUUUGCACCACCAGGACUCAGGAACAGCACCUCAGAAGUCCUUAGCAGAGGAGGAGAGUCUGCUGGAAGGACGAGCACCUCAGCAGUGAGUGGCUGUAUUCUCUGGUCCAGCGAGACAAAGAUUCCAGCUCCUUGCAGGCUGCCAAGCACAGUGUUUGGGUUCACCACUGCUAAUACCUUCCUAGCAGUGAAGCACGGUGGUGGCAGAUUGGUGUGUGUUGAUUUGAAGCAUAAAAAGGGCAAUUUUAUCUAUUUACAAUUAAACCUACAACACAAAGUGUGAAAAUACCAAAGUGGUCUGAAUAUGUGUGCUUAGACACAACUAUUUGGGCCACACCUGCUGUUUUAGUAUGUGGGGUAGAGAAGAGGGCAGUGAGGUUGUUCUGGUCACUGUGCUCUGAUACGGUCAUUCUGUUGUUGUUGUUGUUGUACAUAUUUCCCUGUUUUACCAUUGUGACAUCAUUGUGCCAACUUAAUUGAUAUGGUUUUAUGUUUAUGGCUGUUUUUGCCAGGGUACAGUAGAAAUGAUUUUCACUGUCAUUGUUUCCUGUAUUAGAGCCACGGACCAUUGCAACUUGAUUUUGCUAACUGACUAGUCGAAUUAAAGAAGCACCAAGGCCUACAACUAGAUACUUCAAUGUUUACAUACCUAAACUAGCUUGGUUAAAGGAAAAAAAGAGUUUCCUUGAACAUCACACUUACUGCCAACAAACAGCAGCGUCAUGUCUGAGUGUGUGUGUGUAUGUGAGUCAGAGCAGCAUCACAUUUAAAACCAAAAAUAUGUUUUGCUAUUGACCAGCCUACAUUGAUCACACAUACUGUGUUUGCAGGACAAUGGCAGUUAGCUACACAAUGUUACUUUGAGCCAUAUUUGCACAUAUAAACACUUUGUGUUUUUCUGUUAUUGUUAAUUUAUGUAUAUUUUAGCAUUUUUGUAACAGCUGACUUUAUUGCUGCUUGAGACGCUGUAAUCAGAAGCAUGUAUUAGACUAUACUCCAUCUCUGUCACGGUCACCUUCAGGUUCUUGAAUAAAAAAAAAAAG